UGGGAUUUUGUUUGACUGUGUUUAUCAUAAAUAAAUAAUAAAUAAUAGAAAAUUAUUGCAAAUGAAAUAAAUGCUCCCAAAACAGACAUAAUGGAAAACGACCUAAAACUGUCUUCUAGAGAUUUUCCGAAUGUAUGCAGAAUAUGUCUAAUUUCGGGCGACUUGAAACCCCUAGUCGAUGGCAAUCUUUCAGAAAUUUUCACAGCCAUCAGUUCCAUAGAUAUUUCUACUACAGAUCCCCUCCCAAAAAAUGUCUGUAUAACAUGUUCCAGUUAUCUUCAAGAAAUUAGACGAUUUGCAGACAAGUGUAAGGCAAAUAAUACAAUUUUGAGAAUUAUAUUAGAAACAGAAGAGCAACAAGCCAAAUUACGAAUAUUGGACAAUGAUUUGCAAAAUUUCAAGAAAGUAGACUAUGGUUUAGAUUCAGAGGAGGACAGCCAUGAUAAUUUUCUAAAUGAAGAAAAUGAUAGUUCAUAUGAAGAUCCUGCAGAUCUUUUGAAACCAAAAAAGGAAUCAGACUCUGAGGAAGAUGAAAAGCCUCUUAAAAAGAAAAGAGGUCGCAGAAAAAAAAAUUCAUUAGAAUCAAAGAAGAUUGUAAAAACAACAAUUAGGAGAAGACGAAGAAAAUUAAAAAAAUCAUCUGAAAGUGAAGAGGAUGAAGAAGAAACAUUAAAUUCAAACAGCACUGUACCUGCUUGUAAAGCAUGUGGAGAAACAUUUACUAGUAAAACAAAGUUGUGUUCACAUUAUAAGGAAAAUGUAAACUGUCGACCUAAAAGUUUUAAACUAUUUAAAUGUGAAAUUUGUGAAAAGGAAUUUUCAACAAUACGAAGACGCAAUGAACACAUGAAUAUCCACACAGGCGAAACGCCUUACAUUUGCACAUACUGCGGCAAAGGUUUCCAAUUAUAUCCAGCUCAUUUUAAACAUGUAUAUAGACAUCGAUUAGCUUUAGGAGAAGUAGAACUUAAACCUGGAUAUAUGGAAAAUAGAGUGAGACUGCACCUGAAAUGCGAAUUGUGUCCCAAAGUAUUCGCUAGUAGAUCCGGUUUUGCCAACCACAAACUCAUUCACCAAGGUGUUAAAAUUCAUUACAAGAAGCGACCCAAAAGAGAGGACAAUGGUCCAAAGGAAAAGAAUUUUCUUUGUAAUUACUGUGCGAAAAGUUUCAGGACUAAAGUACAACUUGAUGGACAUAUAAGAGGACAUACAGGUGAACGUCCAUUUGCUUGUGCAUACUGUCACAAGUUUUUCAAAACAAAAGCAGCUUUAAAAACCCAUGAGAUGAACCAUCUUGGAACCACUCCACAACGAUUCAAAUGUGAAACUUGUAAUAAACCUUUUUCGCUUAAAGCUCACUAUGAGGUACACAAAAGGACGCAUACAGGAGAAAAACCGUUUUCGUGUCAUUUUUGCGGGAAAUGCUUUAAUUAUAGAGGAACCUGGAGAAUUCAUUUAAGAAUGCAUACAGGUGAAACUCCAUAUGCAUGUCCUGUGUGUAAUAAUAGGUACCACGACAAAAGCAGUCUAAACAAACAUCAGAAAAAGAAAGGACAUGUAGGCGAAGCAGUAAAACAAGAAAAGCUUCUUCUUUAGAUAAAGUGUGAUAUUUUUCCUCAUUUUAUAUUUUGUGAUCUCAAAAGUCGAUUUAGUUAGGUUUAAAACUCGUCUUGCCUCAUUUGCGUUCAUGCUCACAGCUUUAGGAAGCCCUAUUUAGAUUUAGUUAGAUAUAUUAGGAAAAAGUUAUGCAAGUGAAGCUUUAUUAUUAAUUUAUUGUCAUUUGAAGUUUUGGUUUAGGAUGCGUGCA